GGGAUUUUUUUUUUUUUUUUUUGCGAAGUGGAAUGGAGAAGUGAGAGGGCGACGGCUCUGUAAAAGUUCCCGCUGCGCGAGGAGGAAGUCGCAGGUAGACGUGACUGUUGGUGUCACUGUGGCUGCUUCUCUGUCUGCUGAGGGACGGCAUGUCUGUGGAAAGGGCCGCGCUGUCGCUUGAAGGCUUCCUGGAGAAAAGGAAAGACACCAUGAAAUUGAGAUGGGUGACAUACUGGUUCAGGCUUCAGAACACCACCUUGUUCUUCUAUACACAGACAAACGGCAUCGCUUCGGACUUGAGAGGCUGUUACUACAUUUUCAAAGUGCAGUCAGUGCGAGAGGUCCAUACAGUUCACAGCAAGCGCUUUGUGUUUGAGAUCACCAUGACGGAUGGGAAGAGGAAAGUGUUGGCAGCGCAGACCGCAGCCCUCAGAAAGCAGUGGGUAGAACGUCUCUGGGAGGCCAUGAAUCUCUCCACCUCCUCGCUCGCGGACUCCAGCAGCAGGCACCUCGACGCGCGCGAGCAGCGAGGGGAGACCGAGCAGCAGCAGCAGCAGCAGCAGCAGCAGCAGCUGCGCGCGCGCCGGCCCGGACAGCGCGAUGGGUUCGAUCCCCGCGCGGCCCUUCUCGGCCCCGCCGGCCCGCCUCCGGCACCUGCAGGUCCCCGCCGGCCCGUCCGAGGGCCCCUACCGCGAGGAGUCCCCCGACCGAAGCCCACUUCCACACCAGCAUCCCGGGGGUGACCUUUUGAAUGGAUCUGACCUUCUGGUUUCACCUUCACCACGGGUCACGUUUGGUUCUGCUAAGCCAGCUGCUCUGUUUGCAGGGGACAGUCUCUGUGCAGACGACGGACAAGAAGGAGGCUAUGACGUCUUACCACUGAGAAAAAAGGUUUGCGAGGUCAAAGCUCCGGAGAUGGACGACGACGUGUACGACUUCCCUCUCGCGUUCAGGAGGCCUGAUGGACGUCCAAUGUCAGAGCCCACAGAAAGCAUCUACGAUGUACCGAGCUCUCUUUUGAGGAAAAGGCCCAGUGGCGCUUCAGAGCAGCAGCAGCAGCGGGACAACGGGGCCUACUGGAGGAUAUGAGAUCCAGUUUGAGGAUGAAGGAGGGCACCACCGCCUCCCCGAUCACACAAUGUACCUUUUACCCUGAUAAAUGUGACGCUUUUAUUCUCUUCCAUGUAUUCUCCUCAGAUAUAAAUAUUAGUGCAAACAUUUGUGGGGUUUGUCUGCGACCACAACAAGUAGGUUCAACUGAGGUAUUUAUUUCAUUAGUUUCUUCGAUACAAGAGCAAAAACAACAGUCGUUAACGAUACCGAAGACAUUAAUACACACACACACACACACACACUGGUCAGGCCACAGUCCCACUACAGCUCACGAUAGGAUAAUGACUCAUUUACAUGUCACCUGCUUCACAGAUUAAAAGUAUAAAUCACCAACUAUAUUGCUGUUUUACACACUUUGGACUGGGAAUAUUGGUACAUUUUAAAAUGUGAAGGGAAAUAAAAGAUGCCAACAUCUACUGUAA